AUGGCAUCCGAUACCCAUGGCGAUGGCGCGAGGAAGAAGAAGGUCCUGGUUGUGGGAGCAGGUGCUGCAGGGAUGUCCGCGGCAUACCACAUGUCUAAUCAUCCCGAUAAGUUUGAUGUGACGGUGAUCGACUCCGUGAACUAUUGUGGCGGCCAGGCUUUUUCGCAUCAACUCGACAAAGGAAGGCAUGGCGCCAGCUGGUUCAAUCAGGGCGUGCAGGGAGGAAGUUAUAUCUUCCACCACACCUGCACCAUGUUUGCGAGACAAGGCUAUCAUGCGGAUCCCGUUAAGCUUCAGGUCUCUUUCGGCAAGGAUAAGGACUUUUGGACUAAUGUGUUUCCGACGGAUGUCUUGGAGAGGCAUCAGAAAGACAUACGGAAGCUGUUGUUGAUGUGGAAAGUCAUGCGCUGGUUCGAGAUCUUCUUUGCGUUGUUACCGUUAAGACUGGUCUGCCAGAUGUUCCUGAUGAGUGAGGACUUUAUCAACGUCGUAGCAUUGCCGAUGACCGCCCUCUUCCUAGGCACUGGCAACGCAACCCCCGAGACUCCAGCAAUGAUGCUCGAACGACUUGCCACAUCUCCAACAUACGGCAUGUGGUAUCCUCCAGACAAGCGCAGUGUCGCCUCAAACAUGUGUCCGAUGAUCGUCUUCCCAAACUUCAGCGAAUUCUACGAAACCUGGCGCAAAGACCUCAUCUCCCGUGGUGUCAAGGUACGACUUUCGACCGAGCUCGUUGAGAUCGUCUCUCGAGACAAGAAAGGCGUGACCGUCAGUAUCAGACCCCGAACAGCUGUGUCUGACAACCACAACCCUUCUACCGGCAUCUCUCCAGACCACCCACCCACCGAAGGAGAUGCCGACGCAGCUGAACGAGAUCGACAUGCGCCACAACACGAAGAGCACUAUGACGAACUUGUUCUCUGCGUCCUUGCAGACACCGCCAAAGCAUUGCUCGGUCGCACCGCCAGCUGGCGCGAGCGAAAAGUACUCGGAGCAGCCAAGUUCUCAAACGAUAUUACCAUCACGCACACCGACUCGGACUACAUGAAGAAGCACUACGAAAACUUCUAUCGGUCAGACCUCGCCGUCAUGACGCUCAACAAACAAGAUCAAACUCAGCGGAAUGAGUUCGGCAAAGCAAAUUUCAGACCAAUGUACUACAUCAAGACGUACCCCAAGGAUAAAUCCAAGCUGGAGAUGUGCUUCGACACCACGAACUAUCAAUGCCAGUUUCCGGAAAAAGUGCCGUUCGAAGACCACGUUUUCCAGACCAUUUUCCUGAAUAAAGACCGCGAUGGUCAUUUGUGGAGCGACGAGGAGAUUGACUCGAGUAAAGUCAUUCGAAAGGACUGGUGGCAUCAAUUAUGUCAUAGCUACACGCACUAUAUUAAGGUUGUUCCGUGGAUGAUGUUCCUUCAAGCUAAGCGAAGUGUGCGAUUUGGCGGCUCGUGGACCGUGGUCAAUGCUCAUGAGGUGGCUGUUAUGUCAGGUAUCGCUGCCGCAGUUGAUCUUGGCGCAGAGUAUCCCGAGGACUUGGAGAACGAUAAGUUCGCCUUCCUGUGCUUCAGGUUGUACUACUUGUUGUGCUAUGGGAAAUGGUAUAGUCGCAGAUACAAACACAGCACUAGCGAGGCUGCCAAGGCAGGGAGAAGCUGGGCUAAUGGUCUGUAUGGGCAGAGAUAUAAGGGGCCUGGAGUGACGGAGGAGGAGAGAUGUACCUGGAAGGAAGAGAUGAAAUUAGGGAGGAGUACGGGAGAUUUGGCGGAAGGCAAUGCGGAGGGAAGGAGUCAGCCUUGA